UGUCGUGAUGGAUUAUUAUCAAAUUAGUAUUUUGUGUAGCCUGCUCUGCUCUGCUCUGCUCUGCUCGUCAUCCUCAUUUCUCGCUCUCAUCUCAUCUCACUCCAUGUUGAUUUCUUGGAAGAGUUCCAGCAGCAGCGUUACAGCUCGAUCAUCAUCAUCCAAUUACUCUGUAUGUCGGCGGCGCUGCAGCAUAAAAAAUGCUGCUUCCAUUCUCAAAGUUGCUUCUCCUCUUCGUCUUCAUUGCUGUCUGAGAAUUGAGGAUACAGCUGUUGAGUAUCAUCAGGAACUACUUCACUCCCAAUUGAAUACAAACAAUGACACAACCACCACCCAAAACCAUGACCUCAAGAAGAAGCCUGACCCUGAGUCCAAACAAGUUGUUGGUGGUGGUGAUGCAGGAGGAGGAGGAGGAGGAGUCAAUGGAGAAGAAAGUAACAACGAGGCGGGCAUAACUGGAAUUCAAGUCCCCAGACAGCGAUACAUUCCCAUCUCUAAGUCUCAGCUUUUGGAUUCCAUUCUACUCAUGUUUGACUCCCAACAAGAGAUUGAUCAUUUUCUUCUCCUCUCUUCGUGCCUGGAUUCUAUUCUUCACGCCGAGCACAAAUGCAUUUUAGAGGAAAUGCGAUUGGACUAUAACUAUACUCAUUCGACCGAAGAGAAGGGAACUAGUCGGAAUGGCUCAGAUUGUUCAGAAAAAGAAGUCAUAGCCAAUGGAAAUGAAUCUAACUCGGCUAUAGAAAACACAAUUGGGAUUGGGAACACGGAAGAAUACAGUGAAGACAAGAUUGAACCGGAAAUGCCAAUUUCUUCAUAUUUUAGCCUCGACUUGAGACAUCUCUUGAAUUCUUCACCCAAAAAUGUCAAGAGAAAUUCUUUAACGGAGUCCAGGUUCAUUGCUUCUUUUAUUGCAGAAUGAGUAGACUAGCUGAUGUCAUGAUAGUGAGAAGUUAUUUGGUGGUCUUGGAGCAAUACUCCACGCCAUUCACAUUGCGCUACUUGUCCCUUUGUCUCCUAAAAGCCAAGAAAAAAGCGGUGGGUCUCAUUGUUUCAACCAAUGAAACACUAAUUGGGGCACUACAUGGAUUUGCCCCAAGACCAUAUAAUCUUCCCAUGAUAGUUUGAUAUUGGUCAUGUAUGGUUGCUCCCUAAUAUGCAUAGAUACUGAUGUAGGACAUGUACAUAGCACAAUAUGGACAUGCAAACUUGAUAUUUGUUAAAAAUUAGAACACAGACAUGUUGGUAACACAUUGAAUACUAUAUAUAUGCAUAUAUUAUAAAUCCAUAAAAAAACUAACAUUGUUUAAUUAAAUUAGAGAUAACAAACACACAAAUAACAAUAAUAUUAUCAAGAUAUCAAAACAAGAAAACCACUAAAUAAAUUUCAAGAACUAUGCAUCCAUCGCAUUUUUCAUUUGAUCAUCAUUCAAGAUUUAAAAUUUUUUUCGACGGUAAUCAAACAGUUCAUGAUUCCACAUUUGACACAUAUAAUCAAAAGAUUGUCCAUUUAGAAAUUGGCCAACAACUACAAUGAAGGAAAAUAUUAAAGAGUGAUUCAUUGGCAGUGGUAUUUUCAAAUUUCGUGCAAAAACAGUUAAAAGACUUCAGUGAAAGAAAAUAUGAAAGAGUAAUUUUCUAGUCUAUGGUAUCAUCACUAAAUAGUUAAGGUCCUUAAGAUUUGAUUGUAUUCUUAUUUUGAUAUAUUUCACAUAUUUCCAUUAAUUGUUGUGUACUACAUCAUCAUCAUAAUAUUAAUAAUAAUAAAUAUUUGUACUUUUGUUGGAUAAAUUUUUUUGAGUGAUAUAAUUUGUUUUUUCUUCACUCAUGAGAAGUUACAUACCCGCACUGACCCCUACUUGUUGCUGCUUAUGUAUUUAGUUUGCCAUAACUACGACCAAAUCUAUCUUUUGUUUUUGAAUCACGAAUCACUGUAGUUUCUUACUUCUUAUGUGGUGUGAUUUUAUUUAUCUACUGAUCGUGUGCUUAUUUAUUUUAUUUUAUUUUUUGGGCAAUGAUCUGGAACAAGUUUAUAUGCUGUUUCAGUUUGAUAGUUAUUAAUGUAGACAAUAAGGUCCUUAUUUUUAGUUGCUAUGGAGCAUUGUUUGAAAACCAUCUAAUAAUUUUUGGUAUUUUUGCAUUCUUUGAUUGUGUUAUUUUCAGAAAUAACACCAGGAUUUUUUGUAUCAUUGCUAUGGGUGUCCCUUGGUACGGAUGUAUUGGUUGGCUUUAGGUGCAAUGAGCUUUUGCCCAUUUUUUGGGUCUUAUAUGUAUAUGUACAUAUAACGGAAUCGUGUCAUUGUUCUUAUGGUAGCAUGACUCAUCAUUUAUGCACAAAGAUGUUUUAGGCGAAGUUCAUACUUAUUGUGAUUGCCUUUUCAUACAGAUAAAUUGUGAUCAAUAUUAUACUAAUAUUUUAAGAUUCAAAUAUUGUAAUGACUUAAUGGCUUUUUGAGAAGGAAAAACCAUUGAAUCAUGUUGAGGGUGUUGACACCCUAUUUUACUCUCACCUCUAAAAAGAGUUGCAAUUUUGCUCCUUGGAAAACUUCUUGUUCUCCUAGUACUUCUUUGUACUUUGUUUAUUUUUUAUUUAAUCUUAUUUUCUUGUUGCUGAUCAAAAAAAAAAAA